GCGCCAGCCGCUGAUUGGAGCGGUAGCUUGUGCUCUCCGCCUGCGCUUGUGUCACCUUGCCGGAGACGGGUGCAGCAGGUUUAGCAGAGGAUCGGAGGGCAUUGCAGUGGUUCGUCUUAUAGCGAGGAAGCAAGAAUAACAGCGGCGACAUGGCAGCCCAACCGGCAAAGCCCAAAACGUCCCCUAAAUCUAUAAAGUUUUUGUUCGGCGGUCUGGCCGGGAUGGCGGCGACUGUCUUUGUGCAGCCAUUGGACCUGGUGAAGAACCGCAUGCAGCUGAGCGGCCAAGGCAGCAAGGCGCGGGAGUACAAGACCAGCCUGCACGCCGUGGCCAGCAUCCUGCGGCGUGAGGGGGUGCGUGGCAUCUACACUGGGCUGUCAGCUGGGCUGCUGAGGCAGGCCACCUACACAACGACGCGCCUCGGGAUCUACACAGUGCUCUUUGAGCGAAUGUCCAAGGCGGACGGGACGCCGCCCAACUUCUUCCUGAAGGCGUUGAUCGGCAUGACGGCAGGGGCCACAGGGGCCUUUGUGGGGACCCCCGCCGAGGUGGCGCUCAUCCGCAUGACCUCUGACGGCCGCUUGCCCCCAGAUCAGAGGAGGGGGUACACGAAUGUCUUCAACGCCCUGAUCAGAAUCACCCGCGAGGAGGGGGUCACUACACUCUGGAGGGGCUGUAUACCCACCAUGGCGAGGGCUGUAGUGGUGAACGCUGCCCAACUGGCCUCCUACUCGCAGUCAAAGCAGGGCCUGUUAGACUCCGGGUACUUUAGGGAUGAUAUCCUGUGCCACUUCUGUGCCAGUAUGAUUAGCGGAUUGGUCACCACUGCUGCCUCCAUGCCUGUGGACAUUGUCAAGACUAGGAUUCAGAACAUGAGGAUGAUCGAUGGCAAGCCAGAGUAUAAGAACGGAUUGGAUGUGCUCUUCAAGGUGAUACGCAAGGAAGGCUUCUUCAGUUUGUGGAAGGGCUUCACGCCCUACUAUGCCCGCCUAGGUCCCCACACCGUCUUAACCUUUAUCUUCCUGGAGCAGAUGAACAGGUUCUACAAGGUGUACUUUCUUGACUCCUAAUGUCCGACAGUUACUGGUGGAGCUGAACAGUGUGGAUAUCCCGAUGGACAACAUCAACUCCUCCCCCAACUCUUAGACUUGAUGUCUAACUUGCCCCAAACACCCCUAUCUAUACAGCUGCACUAGGCAUAAGUGGCCAAAUGCAGUGCCCCCCCCCCAAGCCCCACUGACCAUGCGUUGAUACCCUUGACUGCUUGCUGACCAUUUGACAAGACCUCCCCUUCAGGUAGUAGGUGGGCUGACUUGCCUUUAGCUUAAUCCUUGGAUUUUCCACCAGGCCUGUGCUUGGUAAGACAAAUGCUUUCGGAAGCCCGUACAUGGUGCCUGAUCUCUGAUUGACACACAGGGUGACCUCACAUGCCACCAGUUGAGUGAAAUGUUGUCGGUUUGUCUUCCAGAAAUCAUUUUCAAGCCUCAUAAACACCUGUUUUCACUUUUUCCGGAGUUCUACAUCGAGUAGGUAAUGAAUUUUAAUGCAGCGGUUUAAAUUUUAGAAGUAGACCGGAAACAUCCAAGUGGGAUUUCUGACAAACCCAUUAAAACGGUGUUGCAUAAUCCGGUCCACGUUUUUGCUCCCUCCCAGCCAGCUACCCGGGAGCUGGGAAGGAGCAAAAACAUGGACUGUCUGCGGGUCCCCAAGGACCGGGUUGGAAAAUGCUGCGUUAAAAGACAGUACUUCUAGUGCAGGGGUAGGGAACCUGAUCCAUGGAGAGCCGGUGUGGGUUUUUGGGAUGGCCUCUCAAUCAGCCAAUAACAGUGGAUUCCAAGGACUGAAGUUGAGAAUCGCUGCAUUAUUAUUGGCUGACUGAGAGGUCAUCCCAAAAACCCACACCGGCUCACCAUGGAUCAGGUUCCCUAACCCUGUUCUAGUGUGUGGUCAGAAUGUCAUGAAAUCAGAUUUUGAUUUAGAGGAAUGUUCAUUAGGUGUGUUUUCCAAACAUCACCAGGAAAAUGUUACAUUAUGAUUUGCAAUACAAUAGAAGAGCCAUCUUCCUGCACCUUGAGUAGAGUUUAUUGAAUCCUGAUGAGGGUUAAAAAAAAAACAAAAAAACUUUAGGUUGUUACAUUUUUGUCUUAUAAGAACAUUCUUUGGGUCUUUGUGAAUGUUUAGACCGUCAGUAAGGAAAUGUUACAUCUCACUUUCUGGAGGUUUUGCAGUAGAAACCAUAGUGAAACAUUCUUGAUUAAAGUGUGAAACUGAUUAUAUAAAAGAAAAAAAAAAUCAGUUGAACCGAGACUGAUUUUUUUUUUUUUAAGAGCAUCAUUUGUAGUCUUCAGACCAUGACUGUAGAAUGUCUCCAUUCUCGGCUUCUGCUGCAGUAAUUAAAACGUUGGUCACGUCUCAACCAUGGUUUGACACUUUUAAAAAUUUGGGUUUGUAAGUUCUGAAUUUGGCUACUUCAACGGUUAAAUUUAAAUAUUUUCUCUUGGAAGCAUACACCGAAGCCAUAGGUUUACAGGACACAGGGACUGUUCCUCCUCAAUCCUGUGAUACUAAGGUCUUAUGCCACUGGAGACGAUGACUUGCACAACUGCUGAAUUUUACUGCCCGGUAUUCAGGUCUGUUUCAUUUCAUUUGGUUCCAAACAAGUCUAUCUUAAGUGCUGACUUACGAGUCGUAUCUGUUUUUUAAGAAGAAAUCAGUUUGAAUCAACCCUGAUUUAGCAGUGUUGUAGCUUGCCUGUGUUUUAGUUUUUUUUUCCAGUUUAAUACAUGUUCUACAAAUCGGUUUUAAUGAAGUGAUGUAAACCAGAUCCACAGUCUGAAAGUAAUAAAUGGGGAAAUUGAAUAUUUUUCCAGCAAGUGUU